GCAGUCGCGCCCCAACUAACCCGACUAGCGAGGCUACUGGGCAAGGAGAGGGAGCGUAGUGAUGAAGUCGUUGAUCCGUCUCACGCCAUCCGUUGUUCCGUCUCCCUCGUUCUCUAGAUCCAUUAAUGGAAUUUUCAACAUUCCUUUAAGCACUCUCUUCACAUCCUCCCUCCGCGCUUUUUGUCGAUCAAGACGCCCCUUGUCCUUCCACCCUCUCACUAUGGCCUCCUCCGCGUCUCAAUCCUCUCUGACUGCUACUCCCGUUGACGGUGUUUCGGAUGUUUUCCAACUGAUUCAAGCUCAUCAGGCUGCAGCUCCUCGCCUUCCUCCAGUAGAAGAAGUUAGAACUAUUCUUGAUAACAGCAUUCGAGGCAUGCUUUCUACAUUUUCCAAGGAACAUGAGGGUUAUCCGUCUGGAUCAAUGGUCGAUUUUGCUUGUGAUCACGAUGGUUCGCCAGUGCUAGCAGUCAGCCACCUUGCAGGUCAUUCCAAGAAUUUGUUGGAGAAUCCCAAAUGCUCUCUGCUUGUUGCUAAGGAUCCUGAAGAUCGAACUGACAUUGUGAUCACCUUAUUUGGGGAUGCUGUUUUGGUUUCCGAGGAUGAUAAAGAAGCUGUACGUGCUGCUUAUCUAAGAAGACAUCCUAAUGCUUUCUGGGUUGAUUUUGGUGACUUCUGCUUCAUCCAAAUCAGGCCAAAAUUUGUACAUUUUGUGUCUGGGGUUGCUACUGCCUUGCUGGGAUCAGGAGACUUUAAUGCUGAAGAGUUCAGAGCUGCCAAAGUUGAUCCAAUGUCUCAGUUUUCAGUUCCCAUAUCUUCUCACAUGAAUAAAGAUCAUUCUGAAGAUACAAAAGCUAUUGUAGAACACUCUACCUCGAUUAAGGUGGACUUUGCUUACAUUCUGGAUGUGGAUAGUCUUGGUUUCAACGUUAAGGCUGGUUAUCAAGGAGGCACUUACAAGUUACGAAUUCCUUUCCCUAGACGUGCACAAGAUAGAAAGGAUGUGAAGACGCUUAUUAUCGAGAUGCUCCAGGCUGCUCGAGCCCCUGUGUAGAGAACAGGAAAACAGAUAUCAGGUCGCAGCAGAGUUUUGUACAAUACUAUAAGGUGCUCAAACCUCAGUGAUUUUCCUAUUUGUAAAUAUUUGCAAUUAUUGUCUGUGUUUUCCCAAAAGAAGGGAGCUUUAUACAAAUAUUUCAUUAUGAACUAGUUAUGUUGAUGCUUAAUUUUGUAUACAAAAUAAAUCUUUU